AUGGCGCCAUUUCUGGGCGUACGAGGCUCAAAGCUUCACUUGGCCAUAUGGAUGGAAGCUUGUUUCGGUGUGAUGAUAUUCGGCUAUAACCAAUCCGCUGCUGGUGAAGUCCUCUCCGACUCGGAAUUUAAUCUUCAAUUCCCACGAAUGGUCACUGGAGCACUGUCGUCGCAUUAUACACCUUGUUUGGAGUUUUCGGAGCCCUGGGAUGCACAUUACUUGGAGAUGUCCUGGGCCGUCGGAAAACAAUAUUUAUUGCCAGUGUGGUGCAGGCUGCCGGGGCCAUUAUCCAAUGUUCAUCCUUCGCUUUUGCCCAAUUCAUCGUUGGGCUCCGGAGUCUCCAAAGCAGAGAGUCGAGGAGAGCAUGUUCCUGCCUUCAGAAUAUUUUGUGGAUCGGGUAUUGCAUUGGCAUUAUGGGUUGCCUUUGGGAUGUCAUAUACACAGCCCAGUUCGGUGUCAUGGCGCUUCCCUCUGGCUUUCACCAUUUUCCUUUCAUUCCUUGUCUGCAUUUCAAUCUUCUCGCUACCCGGGAGCCCUCGAUGGCUAUGCAAAAUGGAUCGCUGGGAGGAGGGUCGAGAAAUACUUGCGCUUCUAUACGAUGAAGAUCAAAACAGCGAGACCGUGAACAAAGAGAUCGAGGAUAUCAGAAUCUCCAUAGAGCGAGUAAGUAAGGGAAAACUGGGAGCCUUAUUCAAGAUGGGUCAUCAGAGAACUUUCCACCAUGUUGUUAUUGCCGCAGUUGCCCAGAUCUUCCUGCAGAUGACUGGUGUUAACUCGAUCACCUAUUAUGCUCCAACGAUUUAUCAGCAGCAGCUUCAUUUUGCAUCGAGCGAAUCAGGACUCCUAGCUGCAUCAUCUCAGUUAGUUCUGAUAAUUGGUGCAGUUUGUUGUGCCUGGACCGUUGAUCGCUUCGGGCGCCGAAAACUUAUGAUGUUUAGUGCAUCAAGCAUGGCUAUUUGCUUUGCCUUCAUCGCUGGGCUGAUAUCUCAAGAAAAUAACCCGGCCGCUUUGAAAGGAGCUGUAUUCUUUCUUUAUCUUUACUUUUUCGUCUACGUUCUCGGGUUCCUCGGAAUCCCUGAAAUCGCUCCCACUCACCUCCGAGCGGCGACAUGUGGAUUGUCCCCUGCGAUAUCUUGGCUGUUCAACUUCCUGGUUGCUGAAGUCACCCCUGUGGCCUUUGAUGAUAUCGGCUGGAAAUAUUUCAUCGUCUACUGUUGCCUCAAUGCAUCUUUCGUUCCUGUCAUUUAUUUCUUCUUUCCAGAGACAGCGAAGCGAUCUCUAGAAGAGAUUGGAGAAAUUUUCGAGGCAUCUCAGAAUAUUUUUGAUACCGUGUCUGUUGCGCAAAAUCUGCCGAAGAGACAUUUAUCUGAAUUUGUGAGGGACGAGAAAGGACCGAAAGCUGCUCAUUUCGAGGCUUGA